AUGGCCGAGCCAAAGAUUUUCGCCGCCGAGGAGGACUGCCGAUCCAACUGGACCGACUCCAUGGCCGACUACAACGAGGCCGACACUCAUCUCGCCAUCGAGGGAAAGCCCGUCAUGGAGCGAUGGGAGACUCCAUUCAUGAACAAACUCGCUGACAUUGCCGCUUCCAACGGUGGAAAAUGCCUUGAAGUUGGCUUCGGAAUGGCCAUUUCUGCCACUCAAUUCCAGAAAAACGACAUCACUGAUCACUACAUCAUCGAGUGCAACGACGGUGUCCUCAAGCGACUCGAAAACUGGAAGAAAGAGCAGCCCCACAACGUCCACCCCUGCCCUGGUUUCUGGGAAGAUGCCGCGCCUAAGCUCGAAGAUGGUAUGUUUGACGGAAUCAUGUACGAUACCUACCCUCUUUCCGAAGAAACCUGGCACACACAUCAAUUCGAUUUCAUCAAGAAACACGCUUUUCGACUUCUUCGAAAAGGAGGUGUUCUUUCUUUCUGCAACUUGACUAGCUUCGGUGAACUCAUGAAGACAACUUACCCCAAGACAAAACAAGGCAUCGAAAUGCUCUUCAUCGAGACCCAACUCCCCCACCUCCUGGAAGCCGGAUUCAAGCGACAAAACAUCUCCUGGGAAGUCAUCUCCAACCAGCCACCAGCUGAUUGCAAGUACUACGACACUGAAUGGAUGCUCGCACCAACUUGCAUCAAAGAAUAG